AUGGCAGCUCAAGAGCCAGACCCUUGUGACCACUACACGGUCCUGAAUGACACCUGGAGGGCCACCACCAACCAGGACCAGUCAGACCCCAAGUGUGACGCUAACGUCCAGUUUCAGGGCUGUUUGGAGGAGUCAUCGGAUUGUCGUUAUGAUUAUGUCAAAGUUCACAAUGGGCCAUCAUCCUCUUCCCCACUCCUCACAACGCUGUGUGGAGAUUUGACCACCACAGUCAACUCCACAGGAAACGACCUGACGGUGGUUUUUAAGACUGACGGCUCUCUGAGCUUGUCAGGAUUCUCUGCCACAUACACUUUUGCCGACCUACCAUCUUGCAGGCACAAUUGUGGUGGCUCGUUCCCUGAAUGCUCUUGUCAGUAUUCCUGUCAUUACAAUAAGAACUGUUGUCCUGAUGUCUACGAUUACUGCUCAAUGCCAACAACCGAAAUCCCAACAACGCCAGGUUCUUGCAGGUGGAACUGUGGCUAUGACAGUGGCAGUUGUUCCUGCAGAAGCUCAUGUGAAUACUAUGGAAACUGCUGCCAUGACUACUAUGGUAAGGGGCAACCUUUUAUAUGCCACUUGCUGGUGUCUUUCUUUCCAACAGAUGCACCGUCUUGCAAGAACAACUGUGGUGCUUCACUCAGUACAUGUUAUUGUGAUUCAGCAUGUCAUCAUAAUAAGGACUGUUGUCCCGACUUCUAUGAUUACUGUCCAGUGCUAACAACACAAAACCCAGAAGCAACCACAUCAGUGUCCUGCAGGUGGAACUGUGGCGUUGACUUUGGCAGCUGCUCGUGCAACAGCUCCUGUGAAUACUAUGGAAACUGCUGCCGUGACUACUAUGCACAACACCCGGAAUGUGGAGGAUACCUCAGUGGUUCUGGAACCUUCUCCAGUCCCUACCAUCCAAGCUAUUACCAUGACAACGCCUACUGUGUGUGGAGGCUGUCUGCUCCCUCUGGCCAGAGGGUUCUGCUGACUUUUACAGAACUAGAGCUGGAGCGCUGCUGUAGCUGUGAUUACGUCACUGUCCACGACGGCCCGUCCACAGGCUACAGUCAGCUGGGGAAACUCUGCCACAACUCCUCCCAGGCUGCCUUCCACUCCUCCUCCAACCACCUGACUGUGCUCUUCAGAAGUGACAACUCUGGAGUCAGUCGUGGCUUCCAGGCUGAGUUCAUCAGCUCCCUGUCCACGGAUAACGGUCGGGUUCAGUGUUCAGGCGACAACAUGAACAUUGUCAUCUCGAGAGCUUUCCUGGGUUCUCAGGGAUAUGACAAUGGCAAUGAUCUGUACGUCAAUGAUGAACACUGUAGACCAUCCAUCACCAGCUACCAAGUCAUCUUCAACUUCCCCCUCAAUCACUGUGGAACCGUCAGAGAGUUCAAAGGUGGUCGGGUGAUUUACCACAAUGCAGUGCGGGCGUAUCGAACCAACAACGGGGAAAUCACACGCCAAUCAACAUUCAAGCUGUCUGCCCUCUGCCACAUGGAUUCCGACUCUGUGUCACAGAUAUUGUAUGAAGCCCAUGAGAACGAAACCUCAACCAUCUCUGGAGUAGGGCGUUUCAACACGUCUAUGGCCUUCUACACUUCAUCCAGUUUCUAUCAGCAAAUCUAUGACGACCCCUAUGUAGUUGCUCUGAAUGAUUACCUGUAUGUCAAGGUGAGCUUGAGGAGACCUGACAGCAGUCUUGUCCUCUUCCUGGACACCUGCGUGGCCUCCCCAAAUCCACACGACUAUGCCGAUCACCGCUCCUAUGACAUCGUGGUGAAUGGCUGUCCAAGAGACCCUACGUACCAGGUCUACAGCAACGGCUACGAGACCUCCGCACGGUUCCGCUUCCGUGCCUUCAUGUUCCUGCGGACCCAUAACACUGUGUACUUGCAGUGCAAGGUCCUCAUCUGCCCUGCGAGCGAGAGAUGGCGCUGUCGUCAGCAGUGCCAGAGCCGCAAGGCCCGAAGCCUGGACUCUCCUGGCCACCAGACAGACACCCUGGUCCUGGGACCCAUCAAGCUCAGAGAUCCUGAGAAGCCUGUGGCGAAGCAGCUGGAGGACUUGGUGGCAAAGGCAGAUGCCUGAAGAACCCACUGAUGACCUCAUCAGCCAAAACUAAUCAAUCAUCUCUUUUCCUCAUCUACUAUCUCGACCAAUCAUGUCUGCCACAGAGGCACUCUAUAGCACUCUAUACAUACAGUAGGUUUCUAGAGGAGCUCUAUGGCACUCUAUAGCCUAUACAGUAGGUUUCCCAUUUACAAACAUUUGUGCUGUGAGGAGGGACAAGAUGCUAAACAGCCAACCAUCCGAGUGUAUUUUUUGAGUGACAGCGGUUUCCAACAAUCAGAGGUUGAAGAGUGCACAGCCAGGGGUGCGCAGCCAGGGAUUGUUCACAAACGGGAAACCCAUGUACUGUAUGAUGAAAUUAUUAUA